AUGGGCGACCACGUCCUCUUCUUCUACGGAACCCUAAUGGCGCCACAAAUUCUCCAUAAGGUGAUCUACGGCCAAGCCAACCAAAACCGCUGGCAAGACGCCAUGCUCCGCUUCCAACCCGCCAUUCUACAUGGGUACCGACGACAUCGCGUGCAAGACGCUGAUUACCCCGGGAUCGUGGCAGUGCCAGCGACACAAACCAAGGCCGAUAAGUCAUCUGCGCCGAAAACCCACGCUGGGACAUCAGUCAUAGGAACCCUCGUGUCGGGACUAACAGACGGCGAUGUCUACCGACUGGAUAGGUUCGAGGGUUCUGAAUAUGAGAAGAAGCGGGUUACUGUGCGCACGCUGCGGGAAGCGCCGGGUGAUAAUAAACAUGAUGGUGAGGGGGUUAGUGAUGAGAGUCGGCUGCGCGAAAUGCUUGAUGGGACGAGUACUGAGGCUGAUGAGGGGGGAGGAGGUUUCGGCUGUGACUUAUCUGGGAAGGAUAUGCUUGAGGAUGCGGAGUGGGACUUUGAGUCGUUUAAGAGGGAUAAGAUGGCGUGGUGGGUUGGGGCUGAUGAGAGUGAGUGGUAG